UCAUUUACUAGAACAGAAACACACUUACGCAAAAAGCUGAUCAUGGCAAAGUUGUCCAGAUCAAACUGGAAGAAAAAGAAUGGCAUGAACCUCAAGACAAUGGUACAAAUGUUUCAAAAGAGUUUUCUACUGAGCAAGAGGUCAUCUAUAUCCGCGAAUCAUUUUGAAGAGUUCGAGGACUCCAAGGAUGAGGCUAAUGACGUUAAAGAGGGACAUUUCGCGGUGAUAGCAGUGGACGAUGAGAAGCUCAAGAGAUUCAUCGUUCCUCUAAGUUGUUUAACGCAUCCUACUUUCUUAAGGUUGUUGGAAAAAGCUGCAGAGGAGUAUGGGUUUGAACAUGAAGGCGCACUCAUGCUUCCUUGUAGGCCAUGUGAGCUGGAGAAGAUCAUUGCCAUGCAAUGGAAGGACUCUUAUUAGUUCUUUCAAUUAUGUUUAAAUUACAUAUAAAGUAGUUUGCUAAUGAAUUUUAUUUCCACCAUAAUUUUUUUUUUUGUUAAUAAUA